AUGUACUGUUUGGUGCCCUUAAAUGCUUUUUUAAAGCUGGUAGGAUAUAUGGAAAAGUGUUCAAAGUCUAUAAGCUGUUUCAGAAAAUAUUUUCCAAUAUUCGAAUGGAUUUCAUGUUACAAAUUAAAACACGUCCCAAAUGAUGUUAUUGCAGGAAUAACUGUGGGUAUCUACAAUGUUCCACAAGCAAUGGCUUACGCUGUUUUGGCCAGACUUCCUCCAGUAAUUGGUUUGUAUUCGUCGUUUUUUCCUCCAUUACUAUAUGCCAUAUUUGGAACUUCAUCUCAAAUUUCUGUAGGCAUGUUUUCUGUAACAGCCUUGUUAGUGGGAAGUGUUAAUGAAAGAUUAUCAGUUGUGAACGGCACUGGUGCUUCGCAGUCAGAAAUUGAUGAUGUCCUUGCCGUUAAGGUAACAACAGCUAUGGAUUUAACUAUCGCUCUCGUCUUGGGACUGAUGUACUUUCUUCGGUUACAUUUUAUUGUUGCUUAUAUGUCAAAUGAGCUUGUUAGUGGAUACACAGUUGGUGCUGCAUGUCAGGUCAUCGGUACGCAACUACCAAAAAUAUUUGGAUUAAAAAUUCCUCGACAUGCUGAUACAGCGGUUUCUUUGAAUUCGACUAACCUUCCCGAUUUGAUUACGUCUGCAGCUUGCAUUCUGACUCUGCACAUCGGAAAGUGGUACAUCAAUCCGCGUGUUACCGCAAAGAGCGGGCUAACAGUACCUUUCGAGCUAAUUGUUGUAAGUUCUGUAUUUGAUAAUACCUUUUCAAGGUUUCCUGUGCCAUCAGUUCCAGAAGUAACAUUGAUGCCUAAACUGAUAUUUGAUUCUAUUAUAACCGCUAUAAUCAUAUUUGCAAUAACAAUAUCAAUUUGUAAAGUUGUUUGCGAAAAUCACAGUGGCGUCAGUGCUAGACAAGAACUUUUUGCUUUAACAACAGUUGAACUGAUUAGUAGCUUUUUCUCAUGCCAUCCUGCAUGCGGAAGUUUAACCCGAACUGUUAUUAACUGUCACUGUGGGGCGAAGUCUCAGUGUGUUUUGUCAGCAAUUAUUGUUGUGGCUCUUCAAACUAUGUUUUUACAUGUCAAGCAAAUCAGGCAUUUGUGGAAGGUGUCGAAAGUCGAUCUGGCUAUAUGGCUAGUAGGAUGUUUCGCUACUGUCAUUUGGGAUGUCAGUCAGGGCCUUGGGAUCGCCGUUGGUUUUGCUUUAAUCACAGUAGUCCUGCGUUCACAGUGGUAUAUUAAGCUAAAAUCUUUGCAGAUUUCGAAGUGGCUAGUAACUAAGAGAUUUUCUUACCCAGCUUUUUUUAGGCCAACGACACUACGACUUCAGAAAGUAGACAGCUCUUUUUUCGGUGCAAAUUUCAAUUCUAAUGGGUAUCGCAGUGAAGGCUUCAAGUCAGUAACGAAAUUCAGGUCAGACGAAGACAAGCCGGGCGUGGAAAGUGCCAUGCUUUAUCGCUUUGAUGCCCCACUUCUGUUUUUAAAUGUUGACUACUUUAAAAAGGAAGUUACUCGUCUAACAGAAUUUUCAAGGAACUCAUUUGGAACGGCUAAAAAAGAGCAGAACUUACAGGGUCUGGGAGACGCAGGAAAUGGAAAAAAUGAUAAUGUGGACUUGCGGUACCUCAUCCUGGAUGCUUCAGGAUUUUCAGACAUUGAUUACCAGGGUGUUUUGUGCCUUGAAGAGGUUUCCAAAGAACUGCAAAAGAAGCAAGUUGAACUGCUUAUCGCAAAUGCAAAAGGUUAAUG